AUCCAUUUUCAAUUGGAUUCAGCUUAAGUCUUGGAUUUAGUUGAUUUGUAUUUGAAGACUCAUCAUAUCAAAAUGUUUGUCGUGAACCGGAUUUGUCGUUUAUCAUUAUUAAUUACUGUUUUGAAUCAAUUUGAAUUAAUUUCGUCGUAUCAUGAAACGUCAACAACAACAAACGAAUAUCUUUUACCUACCAUUCAAAUUGUUCUAUUAAUUCAUCCGUAUAAUAAAGCACAAUUUUUACCUCAUUGUCUUGGCUCUAUUGAAUCACAAAAAUAUACAAAAAGUCGUAUCAGAAUAAAGUUGAUCACUGAAAGAAUAUUCUAUGAUGAAUCAAAUGAUCCUUUAUAUAGAGAACCUGAUGAUAUUGAUGCCAUAUUGGACGAACAUAUCCGAUUAAAUGAACAGACAAUUCGAAUGUUGAAACGAUGGUUGCGUGAAAAUGAAGAUGUUUACAAUGAUAUUGAACUGUCGAUUGUCAAUAUUCGAUUGACGAUGGAUUCUCUUAAUUCAGUCACGUAUUGGAAUAAAGAUCAUUAUAGUCGUUUGAUUGAUUAUAAAAAUUUUGAAUUAUAUCAAUCAUUUUUAAUAUGGGCUGAUUGGCUCAUUUUUCUCGAUGCCGAUGUUAUCCUGACCAAUCCAAUGGUAUUUCGUAAUAUUACCUCAUCGGAUCAGGUGGUCAUUGCCCCGAUGCUUAAAUCAUUCAACACAUACUCAAAUUUUUGGGCCGGAAUGGAUGAUACCGGUUAUUAUAUACGUUCGGAUGAUUAUCUGCCAAUAUUGGAACGUAAACAACCUGGAAAAUUUUCUGUUCCUAUGGUGUAUAGUUGUGUAUUUAUCAAUUUACGAAGAACUGCAUCAAGGCUAUUGACAUUUGAUCCGUUAGAAAUACAGCAGCUUAUCGAUGAGCAACAGACUAGUUCAUGGAAAAUUCCUUAUGAUGAUAUAAUCGCAUUUGCUAAAUCGGCUACAUUAAAUGGAAUCGAGUUAUAUGUAGAUAAUAGUGAAAUUUGGGGCUGGUUACCAUUGCCUAUUAUUGAAAAUAAAUACUCUUAUGAGCUAACACGGCAAACUUUAAUCGAUUUAGAGCUAGAAUCAUUAAUAGAAGGACCAUCAUUUCCAAUAUCAUCAUCAUUGGAACAAUAUGUUGAACGGAGAGAAAAUUUUGAUACAUUGGGUGUUGAUCAAAUCUUUGUAGUGAAUCUUGCACGACGACCUGAACGUCGUAAAAGAAUGGAACAAUGUCUGAAUCUGUUAGGUAUCAGGGCUAAAUUUAAAAUGGCAACUGAUGGUAAAGAAUUGAGUGAAGAAUUUCUUCGAAAACAUGGAAUCCGUGCCCUUGAUGGUUAUGUUGAUCCAUAUCAUAAAAGGCCAAUAACAUUUGGUGAAAUUGGUUGCUUUCUUUCUCAUUUUCGAAUUUGGGAAGAAGCUCACCGAGAAAACUAUUCUAAAAUAAUUGUGCUUGAAGAUGAUGUUCGUUUCGAUUGGAAUUUUCGUUCACAAUGGUUACAAAUUUUGGAUCGCUUUGAAAAAUUAUCGAAUGAAUAUGAUUUUCUUUAUUUAGGACGAAAACUAAAUGAUGGUGAAUAUGAUAAAGAAGAAAUUAUAGAUGAUUUAUUUGUGCGACCACGUUAUUCAUAUUGGACAAUUGGUUAUUUAUUAACUCGAAAUGGUAUUGAAAAAUUAUUACGAUCAAAUCCAACAAAUCGUAUGAUACCGGUUGAUGAAUUUUUACCAAUUAUGUAUGGUUCACAUAUUAAUGAAACAUUAACUAAAAUGUUUCAUAUAAAAAAUGAAGAAAAACUAAAUGCCCUAAGCUUAAGACAUUUGAUUGUUUCACCAACACAUUAUGUUGGUGAUCCAUUAUACGUAAGCGAUACGGAACAAUCGGAUAAAGUGGAUUCAAAUAAUGACGAAAAAAGUUCAUUACAAAUCGAUGUUGAUUUUGAUGAACGAAAAUUAAAUAAUCACGAUAAACAUGGAAGAUGGAAUAUUCAGCCACCACCAUCAGAUGAUGCUGUAAAAAAUAUUCAACAUUUGGAUUUGUAAUUUCUAUAUAUAAAAACAAAUAGCUUUUCUUUUCUAGUCUUUUGAA